AUGAGCUGGCCUAUCCAACCAACGUUUGUAGCUCGUCCACCUGCAACCAAGUACCCGACAUCAGUGUGCCCUACACGGCUUGCCAGUCGUUGCAAAGCAAACAGACAAUUUUUAUAUCGCUCGACUGCCGGCCGACCAGCCUCUGCAACUUCGGACUCGCGAUGGUUACUAACAGAGGCAGAGCGCCUGCUGGAGGAGCAGAUGCGACUCCUGGAAGCAGAGAAAAGAGAGUCCCUCUCAAUAGCUCAGCAAUGCACCGCGCGAAGUAAGCGCCUGAUGGCGAGGUUGGAAAACCUGAAGGACUACCGCGCACGCGUGAAUCCUCCGACCUGGACCAGCAGCACAGCGAAUGGGGCCCCGGUGGCGCCAGGACCCGACGACACCGGCCACUGGGCCCUACGCUCGGAUCGCAGCCGGUACGGCACUGCUACUGCCGCUGGGGCCGCUACGGCCGAGAACAACAUCCCCGUAGCCGGUACCGGCAGCAAUGCCCGAAUGACCGGCAGUCCAUCAUCUGCAGAGCAACCUGGGGCUCGUGAGCUGGGAACCCGGCAGCGGCACCCUGUCAGUGACGGUGCGCUGGAUCCCAACCCCCUGGGAGUGGCAUCAGACCGGUCCGCUGGCCAAGAGGAGGCGCAGACUCGCCGGCUGGUCCUCCAAGCCUUACGUCGGAACACGUCCCGAGGAGAAAACAACUUGGCACUGGCGGAGAAGCUCCAUCAGUACAUUGGGCUCCUGGGCGGGGAGCUGGUCCGCGUGCGAAGGGGCGACGUGGCACUGGCAGCCAAGGUCGUGGACAAACACACCGCGCAUACGACGGUGGCAGCGGCAGAAGCGCCGGUGGCGGCGGCGCCGGCGGCGGCAUCUGGCUCAGGCGGGGCGCUGCCACCGCCAUCUCUAGCUGGCCCCGCGCCUGUUCAGACGCCGACAAUCGCUGGAGUCAGUGAGCCGCCGAAGGGUUCAUCUCUGUCAGAUGAUGCUGUGGAUAAUGCUAAGGGGGGCAGAAUCGCCGGUGAUGGUUAUAGCAGCAUUACUGGCGAUGUGAUGAAGGCCAGCAGUGGGGCCAUAGCUAGUGGCAGUGGGAUUUCUGGCUCAACAGCGUCGGACGUGGGCGUGGCGGCGGCGGCGGCGGAUGUGGCUGCCAGCCGUACAGCUGCGGCGGCGGAUCUGGGUCUCAGCUUAGAUGUCGCACGCAACCUGGCACGUGACUCAGAGGACGCACGGAGCUCUCUAAUGGGUUUACUGAGUCCCGCUGGGGCGCUGCCGGGGCCGCUGCAGCUUACUGGCUUGGUCGCGGGAAGGAGGGAGCUGCUCCCAAAUGACGGGGCCAGCAGCGGCGCUGCUGGUGGCCCUCCCGGCAGCGGCGCUGCUGGUGGCCCUCCCGGCAGCGGCAGCGACCGAGGAGUAGACCCGGAGGAGAAUGGUGGCGGAUCUGGGUCGUCAUCAUCAGGCGUGAAGACGAGUGGAACUGGAGGGGAAGGAGGAGGAGGGCCGCCGCCUCCGCCGCCGUCACGACGCAAAGGAGGGCUGUACUCGUUGGCGUGGGAGCAAGUACCUGCCCGAGUGGUUCGGAUUCAGAUGCCGUCUGCGGCGGCUGCCGCGGCCAGGGCGGCCGCAGCGGCGGCCGCUGCUUCUGCGGCGGCAGCUGCCGCGGCUGAGUGCGCCUCCGGCCGGGAUUUGCAGCCCGGGGGCGGUAGCGGCGAUGGCGCAACGGCGCGGGAGAUGCGGGUGCUGACAGUGUUGUUGAGAUGUAUGGUUCUGGAGCUACGGCGACGGGGCUAUUUGGGUUGCGACGAACAGAUGGACUUGGUGGCGGCGCAGUUGGAGCGAGCGCUGGCCUCGGCACGUGUGGAGGCCGCUGCUGCUGCUGCAGCCACGGCGACGGCGGCGGCGACAGCAGCAGCGGCCAAAGGGAGGCGCGGGCGUUGA